UCUCUUCCCCUUUUCUCUUCAUUUCUCUCAAAAAUUUCCUUGUAUUAUCUUCUUCCAAGUAACUACAUAAAACUUAGUUUUCUCCUUCUAGAACCGUUUCCGUACUCCUAUAUUAUAUAAUAACACCUUGUUAUCCUUUCAAUUUAGAAUAAUUGAUCAAAUCACUUUGUUGCCGGUCAGAGCCCAAGCUAGCUUCAAUUAUUUUAUAAUCAUCAUCAACUUUCCACUUCCUCUUCUUCAUCAAUAUAUCCGCUCAUAUUCUCUCGAUUACUUCUUCAUGGAAAAUAGACCAAGUGUGAGGAAGGGUACUAACAGUAGUACAACAAAUAAGUACUCUAUUCCUAAGAAAAUAUCUAAACCAGUCAAAGUUGUUUAUAUAUCAAACCCUAUGAAGGUGAAAACAAGUGUUUCUGAGUUCAGAUCUUUGGUUCAAGAGCUCACGGGCCGCGAUUCUGAUAUAUCAUCCAGAUCUUUUGAUAGGUCAAGAUUCACGGAUUCUAAUGAAAUCGAUAACUUUCAAACUGUUCCACAUGACAAUCAUCGAUCUGAAAACAUGAAAGUCAAUUUAGCAAGGACUAAUACUAAUGAUAAUAUUAAUCAUCAGCAACAACAACAAUAUGGUGAUUUUACAGAAGAGGUUCUUGGGUUUGAUUACCCUAGUUGGAUGAGCACAUCAUCUGAUUCUUCAUCAUCAAUAUUUGAACCUCUUGAUGAUGUAUUUGUCUCUCGAGUGAUGGAGAGUAUGAACGGGGUUUUGCCCUUAACCCCAUUGAUGGAAGUUCAACCAACAUUUGGUGGAUUUUAGUCAACCCUUGAUGCAGUAGUACUGGUGUAAAGUAUAAACUAGUAAUUAUUUAUACAUGCUUUUUCGUUUACUAGCUCGUACAUGUAAUUAACUAUAUAUUAUUAAGUGUUCGUUUCUAUAGUUAUGCAUUCUUAUUGGUAUUUCUUGUUAACUAGAAACUUUUUAUUUUU